CAAUAGCAAGAGCUGCAGGUGGGAGGGGUCUCACGCCCCUCACUGCUGCUAUAUAAACCCCCCGAAACACUCACACCUCACAUCACUCACACUUGAAAGAUGAAGGUGGCAGUGUUAUUUGUGUGUGGCCUGACUCUGGUCUCAGCCACCGGCACGCUCUCCCCAUGGAGUUUAUUUAAGGCUAAGUACGGCAAGAAGUACCAGGACUUGAGCGAGGAAGCGUUCCGGAAGAGCGUCUUCGACGACAACCAGCAGUUUAUCGACGACUUCAAUGAAAAGUUUGCGAACGGCGAAGUGUCCUUCAGCGUCAGAAUGAACCAGUUUGGAGACAUGACGCUCGAGGAGUUCAACGCAGUGAUGAAGGGCUACAACGGGGCGCAAAAGCGUUCCUCCGUGGCGCAACACGUCUCUCGAGACGAGGGUGUUCCUCAGGCGACCGACGUGGACUGGCGACAGAAAGGCGCCGUCACCCAAGUCAAGAACCAGGAACAAUGCGGCUCCUGCUGGGCAUUUUCUGCGACUGGUUCCCUGGAGGGCCAACACUUCCUGAAGACCGGAACGCUGGUCAGUCUCUCGGAACAGAACCUUGUCGAUUGCUCGGGUGACUUUGGCAACUUCGGAUGCGGAGGUGGUCUAAUGGAUAACGCUUUCGACUACAUCAAGAAGAACGAGGGCGUCGACACCGAGGCGUCGUACCCAUACGAAGCUAAGGACGGAGUUUGCCGCUUCAGCAAGGACAACAUCGGGGCCACAUGCACUGGGUAUGUGGACAUCCAGGAGGGCAACGAGACCAAUCUCAUGACAGCAGUGAGAGACGUAGGUCCCGUCUCCGUGGGUAUUGAUGCCUCACAUCAAACCUUCCAGUUCUACGACAAAGGCGUAUACUUCGAGCCUGACUGCUCAGAAAGAGUGUUGGACCACGGGGUGCUGGCCGUGGGCUACGGCUCUCAGGACUCCUUGGACUUCUGGCUGGUCAAGAACUCGUGGGGCACUGACUGGGGCACGGCUGGCUACAUCAACAUGGCCCGCAACAAGGACAAUAACUGUGGCAUUGCCACUGCCGCCUCCUACCCACUGGUCUAGACCCGACGCCUCCUACCCGCUGGUCUAGACCCGACGCCUCCUACCUGCUGGUCUAGACCCGACGCCUUCUACCCACUGGUGUAGACCCGACGCCUCCUAUCCGAUGGUCUAGGCCCGACGCCUUCUACCCGCUGGUCUAGACCCGACGCCUCCUACCCGCUGGACGCCUCCUACCCGCUGGUCUAGACCCGACGUCUUGUAGAGCACCGAGAUGACUGGUAGGUGGGGGAACUCGCCUAUCAAGACCGCUGUGCUGGGUAACUCUUGCAUGUUUGUCUUUCAAUGUAUCACAUAUAUCUUUCUGUUUCUUUUUACGAGUAAUAAAGAGUGUUUCUUAUUUU